CAGGAUCUCUCUAUAUAAAUAUCAUAAGCAUCUCGGGACUUGCUGCAUAGACCUCUGCCUGCCAGGAUCUCAGGCUCUACGCAUUAGACAGCCAGUCAUCUUCCAGGUUACAAGAUGAGGACCAGUGCUGCCGCCCUCCUGCCGCUGGUGGUUCUGCUCAGCUCCUGCGAGGCUCUACUCUCUCCGGAGAGCCUGAAACAGAUCUCGGAGGAAGGGAGCAAAUACAUCACUGCGCAAUUUGAGAAUGCUCUGAACGGAGUCCGGCAGAUGAAGAUGAUCAUGGACAAAACAGGACAAGAGCAUCAGGAGAUAAUGCACUCGCUGGAGGAGACCAAGAGGAACAAGGAGGAUGCCCUAAAACAAGCGUUAGACUCUGAGCAGCAGCUGUCAGGGUCUCAGGAAAUCUGCAAUGACACUGUUCUGGCGCUGUGGGAGGAGUGUAAACCCUGCUUAAAGCAGACGUGUGUCAGGUUUUACUCUAAGACCUGCAGAAGCGGCUCCGGGCUGGUCGGCCGCCAGUUUGAAGACUUCCUAAACCGCUCUUCCCCAUUCUCUGUUUGGGUCAAUGGAGAAAAGAUAGACACCCUGACCAAGCUGGACGAGCAGCAGCACAUGACGCUGGAAGACCUAGAGGACGGCUACAGCAUUGUGGAGGACAGCGUGGAUGAGCUCUUCCAGGACAGCAUAAAGGCCUUUGCCCAAAUGAAACCGCUCUUUAGCAACCCAUUCCAGGGUGGGUUUAAUGCACCCCAGUGGAAUCCAUUCCCCUUCCAGAGGCCCAGCUUCCCAUCCUACUCCACCCGCAGGGAACGCUCCGCUCUCUUUGAUCCGUUUUUCACUGGAAACUUUGAAUCGCUCUUUGAAGCAGCUCAGAAAAUCAUGGAGAGGCAUCACCAGUUACUGCAACAGGGACCCCAGAUUGAUGGAGGAGGGCAGAGUAAUUCCACGGAUGACAAAGUCGUCUGCCGGGAACUCAGGCGCAAUUCUGCCGGCUGCUUGAGGAUGAGAGACAGCUGUGAGAAGUGCAAGGAAAUUCUGGCAAUUGACUGUUCGGGAAAAAAUCUGAUGCAAGAGAAAUUACAGGAGAGCUAUCAGGACUCAGUGCGCCUGGCGGAGAAGUUCACCCGACAGUACGACGACGUGCUGCAGGAGCUCCGCGAGAAGAUGCUGAACACUACCAGCCUUUUAGAAGACCUAAGCAAGAACUUUGGAUGGGUGUCCAAGCUGGCCAACAUCACUCGGAAUGACCAGAAUGGAAUAUUCCAAGUUUCUACAGCAUAUUCCAGCAGCGGGGCGACGCCGUCUGAGACCGCAGUGACUGUCAAACUUUUUGACUCUGAGCCCUUUACCUUCAACGUGCCUGGCAAUGUUCGAUUAGAGGACCCAAACUUUGGAGAACUGGUGGCUGAAGAGGCUUUAAAAAGGUUUAAAGCGGAAGUUGUUGAGAACGCCUGAUUGGACGUCACUGAAGCUGCUUCUUCUUAAACUGCACCUUUUGAAAAUGCAAUAGAGCCCAUCCGUACUGCCACGUUCCACUUACCUGGCGGGACCUACAGUAUAUCUUUAUCACUUUCCGUGUCCACCGAAUCUAACUACUGUUCUGUUACUACUACUAGCACUAAUGUUUUCUGCUUUUUGUAGAAUGUAAAAAAUGAAUAAAGGACAUUUCGUGUCA